CUCUUAUUACGGUGGCCGGGAGUUCUCAGUGCCUGUGGCUGCGGCGCUGAGGUUGGAGUGUCUGUGUGUGCGGGCUGCUUUUGUGGCGGUUGCUGCUAGAGCUGGAUCAUUUCCCGGUUAAUACUAAAGACUAAAAUUUUCAGAUGAAUGCAACCAAGUGAUGGCUUUUUACUUAAAAUUUGAAUAUGGAGGCCACAGGAACAGAUGAAGUUGACAAGUUAAAAACUAAAUUUAUUUCUGCUUGGAACAAUAUGAAAUAUAGUUGGGUGUUGAAAACAAAGACGUAUUUUAGUAGAAAUUCCCCUGUAUUAUUGCUUGGAAAAUGUUACCAUUUUAAAUAUGAAGAUGAAAAUAAACUGUUACCUGCAAGAUCGGGAUGUACGAUAGAAGAUCAUGUAAUUGCAGGAAAUGUGGAAGAAUUUCGUAAAGAUUUUAUUUCAAGAAUAUGGCUGACUUACAGGGAAGAAUUUCCUCAAAUAGAAGGCUCAGCUUUGACAACAGACUGUGGUUGGGGCUGUACAUUAAGAACUGGUCAGAUGCUGUUGGCUCAAGGACUCAUACUACAUUUUCUUGGUAGAGCUUGGACCUGGCCUGAUGCUCUGAACAUUGAAAAUUCAGACUCUGAUUCAUGGACUUCCCACACUGUAAAAAAAUUUACCGCAUCAUUUGAAGCAUCGCUUUCAGGGGAAAGAGAAUUCAAAACCCCCAAAAUUUCUCAGAAGGAAACACUUGGGAGAUGUUCUGAUGAUCAUGAAAUGCGAAAUGAAAUUUAUCACAGGAAAAUUAUCUCCUGGUUUGGUGACUCCCCACUGGCUGUCUUUGGCUUACAUCAACUAAUAGAAUAUGGGAAGAAAUCUGGGAAAAAAGCUGGAGAUUGGUAUGGACCAGCUGUGGUUGCACACAUUUUAAGAAAAGCUGUUGAAGAAGCAAGACACCCUGAUUUACAAGGAAUAACUAUUUAUGUUGCACAAGAUUGUACAGUUUACAGUUCUGAUGUAAUCGAUAAGCAGUGCACUUCCAUGGCCUCUAAUAAUACAGAUGACAAAGCGGUUAUUAUUCUAGUUCCAGUUAGACUUGGUGGAGAAAGAACCAACAUCGACUACUUAGAGUUUGUAAAGGGUAUUUUAAGCCUUGAAUAUUGUGUGGGUAUUAUUGGUGGCAAACCUAAGCAGUCAUAUUAUUUUGCUGGAUUUCAAGAUGACAGUUUGAUUUACAUGGAUCCUCAUUACUGCCAAUCUUUUGUAGAUGUCAGCAUAAAGGAUUUCCCUCUUGAGACAUUCCAUUGCCCUUCUCCUAAAAAGAUGUUGUUUCGAAAAAUGGAUCCUAGCUGUACCAUAGGAUUUUAUUGCCGAAAUGUUCAGGACUUCAAAAGAGCUUCUGAAGAAAUCACUAAGAUGCUGAAAAUUUCUUCUAAGGAGAAAUAUCCCUUAUUUACUUUUGUAAAUGGUCAUUCGAGAGACUAUGAUUUUACAUCUACUACAACCAAAGAAGAAGACCUAUUCUCAGAAGAUGAGAAGAAAAGAUUAAAAAGAUUUAGCACAGAAGAGUUUGUUUUACUUUAAAAAUCUGUACAUUUGUUCUUGGCAAGAAGAACUCUUCUGAAGGGGAAAAGAUGAAGAGAAACAAGUACACUUGAAACUGGUUUAUUUUCACAAAUACCUUGAUUUUAUAUGUUCUUUUAAAAAAAGAACAUUUGAAAAUAUACAAGUAAAAGAUAUUUUUCUGAAAGAAAUGAUUUAAUGAAUUUUGUUCUAAUAAAGAGUCAGGUGAUUCUGGCUGCAUUCCUAUUUCCCUAAGAUCUGCUAAUGGUAACUCUGUCUUAACUGCAAGCCUUCGAGUCUUCAAAUCCUUCCAUUGAGGCCACUAGUUUUCUGAAGGCUUUGUGAUAUAGGCCCUAAAAUUGGAAUUACAUAUAGCCUGGUACCUUUUUUUUUUUUUUUUAAUACUAAUGACCAGAAAACCAGAGAACAAAUCUUCAGUGCUGCCUAGCCUGAUAUUAAUGCAACCAAGGGUAUUUUUGGAUGUAUCUUGAUAUAUUAAAUAGUAAUUGUUAGUGUGAAAAGCAUACAACUAUAUAAGCUGAAUUGUGAGUUAAGGUACUACUUAGCAAUAUGAUUUUAUAAUGGCUCCUCAUUUUGCUUGCAGUUGGACCGUUUUGAGGAAUGAAUACAAAGUAUUGUUUUUUCCCCACUAAUUUAAAGGUUUUUAAUAAUAGCUACAUCCAACCAAAUCAGAUAAGGGAAUUAUAAGAUAGGAGUAGUGUUUAUUUCCUAUCUCAAAAAUGAAAUUUUAUGGCACCUUGACUUAUAAUGCAGUUUUAAAAUUUAAAGUUAAGUACCAAGGAAUGUAUUAAUAGAUGCUUCUCUGUGUGAUUUAGCUUCUCGUCUACAUCAGUGCAGUGGUGUUUAGAAGCCGUGGCCAUCGAUAUUUUGUCCUAAGUGUGUUGUGUGUUACUUAGAGGCAAAUUUGUGAUAUAAAAGCGCAGGUGUUAUUAUUGAGCCAGGUUAAUAAAAUGAAUACUUUAAUAAAGAUGUGAGAACAUAAAAUGUCUGUUUGGGUUUUAAUGAGAUUAUUUUAAUCCUAUCAUUUGGGGAAAAAAUAUGAUCUCAAAUGAAUUCUUCUUAUUUCUAAUGAAGGAAAAUAAUAUUGUUGUUCUGA